AUCACAACAUAUUAAGAUAUAAUUCGUUCAUAAAGUAAGAUCAAGUUAUUUUAAAUAACCAUUGAAUUGCUUUAAGCAGGUACAAUAGACGUGCUGUCGCUUUAUCCUCACCUGCAUUUUGUGUAGACAUUGCUAUUAAUGUGUAGUUUGGCACAUGCCUUAUAUGGUAGAAUUAUGCCAAUCCAUUCACGUAUUACAGUCUUAUAAUACGAUGUGUGUAUCUUAAAAGGGCAUAUGCCUGUCUGAUUCUUUUAAAUGACGCUAAUAUUGAUGCGAUGGUUGGUACAAGGUCUUUUGAUAGGCAGGAUCGGUACAUUUUACAUCCUAAUACGUCACGAGGCGGUUUAAGAGGUAACACUAGUGAUCCGGACGGAUUUGUAGGUCGUUAUUCUGGCUUGUUGGCCCCGGCAGGGCGUAGAUCAUCUAAUUUCGAUGGAUAUUCUACUCCUGGUUCACGAUAUUAUUCUGUGGAUGUAUCCAUAGUUGGCAGUGGUUAUGAAACACCCGCAAGUGACGUAGCAGAUGAGAAUGAAAGUAUUCGUCAGAGUUACAUGAGCGGUCAGAUUGCUGACGUACUAAAGAAAUCGUUAUGGUGGAAUGUAGUCGGAGUCUUACUAACCUAUUUAACAAAAGAUUAUUACGUGAUACCAUUAAGUCAUAUAGUUUUGAACAUAUCAUUUUUAAUAUGUUCGUUAUUUUCCGACUUUUUGGCAGAGACAAUGUCUAUGCGGGCAUUACUAUGUUUUACGGUUUUGAGUCGCAUAGUAAUAUGGAUUUUUAUAUUUCCAUUAUGCUACAUUUUCUUUGGCUCUUACCUUGAACAACAGACUCUCUUUACAUGUUCAAUAUUGGUAAUUAUGGCUUUGGAUGGGUUUCAAGAGGCUCUAUCUAAAGCAUGUGAUAUCGCAAGGAAGGGUUUAGAUCGUCUUAGUCAUAAUUAUGACAUUGCGAUCACACCUGACAUCCAUAGCCGGAUGAACAAUUUAUAUCAAACUGCAUCUGCCACAUCUCUUCUACUGUUAGUUUUACCACUACUGGUCAUAUCUUAUGCGUUGAAGUACUUCACUUCGGAAUCCGAUUUGAUCCUCUUUUCAAUAGUUUUGGGUGGUACCUUUUUCAUCCUCUCUUUGAUGUCGCUAUGUUGCUACUCCCUGGGUCUUACCCAAGCCACUCCAAUACAUGGGAUGCUCCACCACGACAAUUUGGAGUAUUCUACAGAUGGUCUUUGUAAUGAAGUUAUUAUGAAAUUGGGUGAUAUAACCGAUGGAAUGAUGCUUGCUAUAUCAUCUGGCAAUUUAUUAAAGCAGAUAACUUUUCUGACUUUGGAAACUGCGUUUCAACAUUCCAUGAUAUGCUUCAUCAUCCCAAUCACUGCAUUUGCUAAUCAAGGUUUAUUGGAUUCUAGCUUGCUAUCGACUAGUUUGAUAUGUGCCUUAUUGUUACUGGCCGAGAAGUUGGGAGGCUUACUUUGCAGGAAGCUAGUAUCAGUUUCUUCUUCACGUAAUGGCCACUCUGUAAAUACGUAUAGGACAUCUUCUAACAUUUAUCGUUGUCUUAUUUUAAGCAGCAUUUCUUUGGCUAUCUUACCGUUUUGUGGUAUGAUACCGGAAUUGUUGCCGUAUAACAUUCCAUUAUCUCAAGUAGCCAUUGGUAUACUGAUAUUUUGCUUCUCUGCCUUUUCGUCGUACCCCAAGUCUGCAAUUUCAUCAUGUAUGCACGCUUCCAUUUUAAGCCAUCCACUUUCGUAUAAAAUAUUCGAAUUUGCUGGUGUGAUGUUAAUCAUGUGGGAUGUAUUCCUGAUGUUUUCUCUACCGGUAUUUCUUAACCGUACGGUUGGCCAUUUCGACAUAAAGGUUGCAUACCUUACCAUUGCAUUUUUCUAUGUGCUCCACGCCGGUUACCACAUAUUUACAGGUGUUGGAUUACGUAGUUUAACUAUGGAACCUAGGGGUGUACUGUUUUAUGGCCCUUUAUGGGCUCCUUUAAACAGACCAUAAU